UUUCCGUAAUCUCCGAAACAAACCGAGGACAUUUGCUUCUGAAUACACUGCAGUAACGCUGUUCUGGUCUAGAAGGCCAAAUAGCGUCAAGCAACAUGUUGCGUUUGCCAACACUGAGUCGGGCACUGGCUGGGGCAGCCCAUUCCAAGGGCUCCAUUCCCACCUCCAACAAUGUGCGGACAUCAGUCCGGGCCUCAAGCAAUUUGGUUGAAGUGUUCGUAGAUGGAAAGCCUGUCAUGGUGGAACCUGGAACCACAGUACUUCAGGCUUGUGAGAAAGUUGGCGUGCAGAUUCCACGUUUCUGCUAUCAUGAUCGUCUGUCAGUGGCUGGUAACUGCCGCAUGUGUCUGGUGGAAAUCGAGAGAGCCCCUAAGCCUGUAGCAGCAUGUGCGAUGCCUGUCAUGAAAGGAUGGAACAUUUUGACCAACUCAGAGAAAACACGAAAGGCCAGAGAGGGAGUCAUGGAGUUUCUCCUUGCCAACCACCCUCUUGACUGUCCAAUCUGUGAUCAAGGAGGAGAAUGUGAUCUGCAGGACCAGUCCAUGAUGUUUGGCUCAGACAGAAGUCGUUUCGAAGAGGGGAAAAGAGCAGUGGAGGAUAAGAACAUCGGCCCGCUCAUCAAAACAAUCAUGACUCGCUGCAUACAGUGCACACGAUGUGUACGUUUUGCUAGCGAGGUUGCCGGAGUGGAGGAUCUGGGAACUACAGGACGUGGUAAUGACAUGCAGAUCGGCACCUACGUAGAGAAGAUGUUCUUGUCAGAGAUGUCUGGUAAUGUGAUCGACUUGUGUCCUGUCGGAGCACUGACGUCCAAACCAUACGCCUUCACCGCACGACCCUGGGAGACCAGGAAGACAGAGUCCAUUGAUGUGCUGGAUGCUGUGGGCUCCAAUAUUGUGGUGAGCACCAGGGGUGGUGAAGUCAUGAGAAUUCUGCCUCGUCUUAAUGAAGAUGUAAAUGAGGAAUGGAUAUCAGACAAGACCAGGUUUUCAUAUGAUGGGUUAAAAAGGCAGCGCCUGACCCAGCCAAUGGUGAAGGAUGCUAGCGGGCAGCUGGUGAACACCAGCUGGGAAGAUGUUCUAACACGUGUAGCUGGAGCACUCCAGGGAGUUCAGGGUUCUGAGGUAGGAGCCAUUGCAGGCGGGAUGGUAGAUGCAGAAGCUCUGGUGUCCCUGAAGGACCUGCUGAACAGACUGGACAGCGAGACCCUUUGUACUGAGGAGAUCUUCCCGAUGUCUGGUGCUGGAACCGACCUUCGCUCCAAUUACCUCUUAAACAGCCGUAUUGCUGGCAUUGAGGAGUGUGACCACCUGCUUUUGGUCGGAACAAACCCACGUUACGAGGCUCCUCUCUUCAACACACGUAUCCGCAAGAGCUGGUUACAUAAUGAGCUACAGGUGGCCUUGGUGGGUCACAAUGUGGAUCUAAGCUACUCCUACAACCAUCUGGGUGAAUCCACACAAGUGCUGCAGGAGAUCGCUGCUGGAACACACCCUUUCUGCAAGGUCCUAUCCCAGGCCAAGAAGCCUGUGGUUGUAGUGGGUAGUUCAGCUCUCCAGAGGGAGGAUGGGGCAGCCAUACUUAAGGCUGUGUCCACUAUUUCUCAGAACGCUCGGGCCAGCAGUGGUAUAGAGGAGGGAUGGAAGGUUCUUAAUGUGUUACACAGGGUGGCCAGUCAAGUGGCAGCCUUGGACAUGGGUUAUAAGCCUGGUGUUGAUGCCAUCCGGAAGAACCCUCCCAAAGUCCUGUUUCUUUUGGGAGCUGAUGCAGGCUGCAUCACCAAAGCAGACCUUCCCAAAGAUAGCUUUAUCGUCUAUCAGGGUCACCAUGGAGACGUAGGUGCACCUAUGGCUGAUGUCAUCUUGCCCAGCGCUGCAUACACAGAGAAGUAUGGCACAUAUGUUAACACAGAGGGUCGUGCCCAGCAGACCAGGCUUGCUGUUACUGCUCCAGGCAUGGCACGUGAGGACUGGAAGAUUUUGCGCGCCAUCUCUGAGCUGGCCGGAGUCACGUUGCCCUAUGACACAUUGGAUGAGGUAAGGAGAAGACUGGCAGAGGUCUCUCCUAACCUGGUGAGGUAUGAUGAUGUAGAAGAAGCCAAUUAUUUCAAACAGGCCAAUGAGCUUUCAAAGGCUGUGAAUCAGUCAUUGCUUGGAGCUCCCCUCGUCCCCCCUCAGCUUACUUUGAAGGAGUUUUACAUGACAGACCCUAUCAGCAGAGCCUCCCAGACGAUGGCCAAGUGUGUGAAGGCUGUGACAGAGGGGGCAGAUGCAGUCGACGAGCCCUCCAUUUGUUAAAACUCUUUCAGAGUUGUCUAUAGCAAUGCAUAUUUUACUGUUUGUCUCUCUUAUUAUAUAUAGUCAGAAGUAACCAGAGCAGUGAAAUUAAUCUUGCUCCUAUUUAAAUAUGCUUUGAAGGUUGUUGUAAAGUUUUCAUUCCCAAGCUUAGACUAAAAGAGGUCUGCUUUGUUUGGAAAGCUCUUAAUAUGAUGAAUAAAACUGUAUUGUAUCAAUAUACUGUUGUCAGCA